CAAAUCAAUAAGGAAGGCGCCAAUUUUAUCCGUUGGCUGGAGUUGACGUUUUCAGUUCUUUGCUUUCUCUUUAUUUUUCCAAUUUAUUUGCGACAAUGUCUGAAAACACUUUUCCUGUAUACACAGCGGAUGCGAUAGUGAACUUUUAUCGAACUGAAGUUCUCACUGGUCAAGAAGCAAAACACUUUACAAAGAGCGACUUGACUCCUCAUCCAAAGCCAGAAGCAGUUCAGACCUUAUACAUGAGAGUGCUGCAUCUCCUGUAUCGUUUCAGGCCUGAGUGUCACUCCAUGGUUCCGCUUCUGGAGAACAUUCAGUAUCCAGCCUAUCACGAAGGGGCAACUGCUAUCAUGAGUGUCUACACACGCAUGCGGCAGUUUCUGCCUAUGUGUUUGGUGUUGGAUUUUUCACUCAAUGAUCUGCUGGCUCCAAGUAAGUCUCACUGAUUUCAUUCAAUAUACGCUGGAUUAUUAUUUUAUAUACCAUUCCAAUGUGUUUGUUAGCCUCGCAGUAAUACUGUUGCUCUGUGUUUUCAGCGGGCAGACAUGGACAGACUGCAGGCUUAUACUAAAGGCAUCAGGGAGGCAGAGAAGAAGAUUGAGAUGCUGACGACCAUCCCACCAGAGCAACAGGCUGAGGCUGAUGAGCUGGCAGCCGCUCUCUCUGAGCUACAGUCCACCACCAUGCAUGAAUACCAGGAAGUGAAUGCCAAAAACGACAGCAUCACAGAGUGGAAAGCUACGAUAGCAGAGAAGACCCAGAAACUGGCCCAGGUGAAGCUAGAUGUCAGCAACCUGAAGGAAGACAUCAGCAAACUGAAGUCUCAGAUCGUGGAGUCUCCAGAGGAGCUGAAGAGCCAGAUGGAGAAGAUGAGGGAGAAUGUGAAGAGCAUCAAGAACUCCAUCGAAGAAACAGACGAGCGUGGGGUGGAGCUGCAGAACAUGGUGCAGGGUGUGACUCACACCGAGGCUGAGAUCCAGCAGAUGUACAGCCUUCUGCAGGACCUGGAGAGCAGCAUGAGCAACACCAAGCAGCGGCUGGAAGAGCACCAGGAGCUGAUGGCUCAGUAUGAGAAGAAGCAGAAGGAGCUGAAGAACCUGUGCAUGGAGGAAGGCCAGCUGAAGCGAGCUUUGGGCAUGAAGCAGGAUAAGGAGUGCAAACAGAACAUCCGCAGGCAGAAGAAGAGAGAGACGAAGGAGCAGCACGUUCAGGAAGUGUUGGGGCAGUGUGACCAAAUCCACCAGAAGCGUGAGGACAUGGCUGACAAAAUCCAAGAGAUCUCCGCUGAGACGCAGAAGCUGAAGAGCAGCAUUAAGAGCCUGAGAGACGUGUGCAGCAAAGAGACAGAGAAGGCUCAGGCUCUCUAUGACACACUGUCCACAUCCAUGGAUGAACUCCACAAGAGGAUUGAGAUGCACACCAUGGACCUGAAACUCAAUCUAACCAAGAUGUCUGCAAACUUCUAAUCUCUCUCUUUUUCUUUUUUUGUAAACCUGUAUUUACUAAUCUGUUGUCGUUUUUUUUUUUACUCGUCUUUGUAUUUCUGAGUAUUUAAAAUCUAUAAAUAAAGUUUGUACAUUAAUGAACUUGAA